AUGGCACACAAGCGGUCCAUGUCCAUUGUGGCCCAGGUGCCAGAGACGCAGCAGCUGUUGUUUUCUAGUCCCGUACCAGCAGCCCUACGCUGCCCAUUGUGCGAGCGCGUGUUUCAAGAUCCGGUCAUCGCCAUCGACUGUGGGCACAGCUUUUGCCAGGAAUGCUUGAGCGAUGCGGCCGAUCAGGGCCUCUGCUGCCCACGGGAUGCCGACUCCAAGCUCGACGCGACGCGUGUCAUCCCCAAUAAAGCCAUUGCCGAUCAGAUUCGAGAACUUCAUGUCUAUUGCCCCAAUUGCGAGUGUGUCCCGGCCUCGCGCGAGGAAAUGGCCAAGUCCGACACACACAACCGGCUCAUUUACGACGCUGCGGGGCAGCCCGUGGGCAUGGUGGCCAACAGCGGGUGCACAUACUGCACCUCGGUGGCUGAGGUGCCUCAACAUCUUACCAACUGCGCAUUCAUGCCCGUGCCUUGCCCCAAUGCUGCCGAAUGUGGUCUCAUCCCCGCCCAUCGUCUCAACGCCCACAUCUCCAUCUGCCCACACACCCCUUGCCGUUACGCCGGUUUUGGCUGCACCUUUCGCAGUACGCCAGAAGAGGUGGCUCAACAUAGCAACCAGGCCUGUGAGUACGGCGACGAACCCCUAGCCCGCCAAGGCCGCCUCUUGCAAUCCCUGGUGGAGACAGCCGACCAGCUCACCGUCCUCGUUGAGAGUCUCCACGCCAAGGCCAUGGAUCUCGAAGCCCGACAAGAGGACUUGGCGCAAGGCAAGCCGCAUCCGCUUACCCUCAGUCGACGUCCCAGUGUCGGAGCCGGCGCGCGCGCGCGUGCACUGCCUCCCAAUCGCGCUGGCUGGGGUGCGGAGCAAUAUGAGCGGACAGGAGUUGGUCCCACGAACCACGAUGGUCCGGCUGUCGGCGAUGGCCGGCCGACCAUGCCGUUGUGGAUGCAGGAGGCGCAGGCCAAGUUUGGCCGGGCCGAUGCGGAUGACCUAUUGGACAGCUGGCACGAUGAUCGGUACCAUCGUAUCAGUGCUGUGCAUCGCCCCUCCGUUGAGGUCUCGAUGCACAAACAACACCUCAAACCACACAACCACGGCCUUGGGCGCGUCGCGUUGCCAAACGGCCAAGAACUGGAGCUGCCCUUCAACUACCAGUGUGACGGUACUCUAAGAGCUCACCUUGGCCCCGUUUGGUGUAUCGAGUGCUACGAAGAUCUCAUGUUCUCUGCCGGCAGCGACGAAACGGACAUUCAUGUCUGGGACCUCGCACCGCGUGAGCCCAAACGGCUUCGCCUCCUACAGGGUCACCAGGCCAUGGUGCAUAGCCUGCAUGUCCGGGAUAACCGGCUUUUUAGUGGCGAUGAAGCGCGUCUCGUACGGGUCUGGGACCUUGAGACCUUUGAGUGCCUCCUCUCCUUUGAGGCCUGCCGCCACAUUGUCAGCACUCUGGUAUCGGCACAGAACCUGCUUAUUGCCGGCUCCUACGCAAGCAUGGCUGUCUGGAACAUCGACUCCAAACGCCGGCACACCGUGGUCACACAGGGCUUGACCCACUGGAUUCGAGCCAUGUGUGUCACAGAGGACGAACGCUACCUCUUCACCGCCACCCACGAUCUGAUCAAGGCCUGGGAGGUGCCCGACUUCACAGAGGCCUGCAAGAUCAAGACAAACUACGGCAGCAUCCACUCAAUGACCCUUACACCGCGCCACAUCAUCAUCGGGACCUACAAUCGUCACAUUCACAUAUAUUCAAUCCGCGACCAGCAACAUGUGCUCGAGCUCAAGGGUCACCUUGGCACGGUGCACUCGCUGGCUGUUUCAAUUUCCGGGCGCUUCCUCUUUUCCGCUUCCCUAGAUCAAACCACAAAGGUGUGGGAUUUGGAAAAGCAAGGCUUGAUUAUCCAGUCCUUGAAUCGGCAUGAUGCAUCCGUCAAUGUUCUCAAGUGGUCUGGCAAUCGCCUCCUGACUGGGUCCGCCGAUUGCACCAUCAAGUUGUAUCACGCAUACCAAGGUCCGGCAGAAGUGGUGGACCGCAAGCAGGACGUGAAUGAAAUUGGCAACUUCCAGGCGUGCUGGGGUGGAGGCAAGCUUCCGGGCAUCCCGGUGGUCAUGACUGGCGGCAAGAGCGAGCCACCAGUUGAUUCGCAUCCUCUUAUGCACAGCCUCAACUCAAGCGACUCGCGUACUCCGGUCCCUUCCAUUGCUAGUAACGAGGCGCCGGCCACGAUUAGCAAUAUGACGACUCCGACGAGCACAGCCAACUUUGCUUUGGACCUGGGUCGUGGCGAUAUGCCUGGUUUGGAGGAUGGGCAAGGGUCUCGGCGUGCACUCGGCGCGACCGGUUCCCUUGAGCAUCGCAUGUUAGGCUCAUCAACUCCACCCACGCGCCUGUCAGCCCUGGCUCGUGGAGAACCGCGCGCCAUGUCACCCAGCUUCCGGCCAGUUGAUCUUCGGUCCACGCGUAGCGAACAGCCCUCGCAUCUCUCACUGGACUCUUCGUCUCUUGCUGCGGAAGAUGACACGGAGCUGGAGGGCUCGAGCCCCGGCUCCCACCGGCGCUGGCCAGUGAUUCGACCAGAUGGGACUCGUGACUCUCCACCAGUAGGCAUGGCAGGCCCCGCUACGGUAGGAUCGGAGGAAAACAUUGUCGACACGAUCGGGACGCCGUCAUCAACCACGGCGCGGAUCCGGCAUGUGGUACUCUUAGACCCGACCAGCCCGGAGGAAGCCACACUCGAGAAAAGUGCGGGGACCAAGGGUUCGCCCAUGACACCCGGCUUGCUUGAUGUCCAGGCCGUUCGCCAGCAUCGAUCCAAUUCACAGGAAACGGUGCAUACGGUGCGCUCGGACUCGAGUUACACGACGGCGGCAGCGGGCUCGACGGCCCAGCCCAAGUGGGUACUAAAAUCCAAAACUGCGUCAGCCCAUCGCAAAGGCUCGCCCACCCAUCGUCCCCCGCCGUUGAACCUGGCGGGCAUCUCUCACACGCGUGGACCAAGCUCAGCUACGCUUCCGGGCGGCCCCGAAACGCCACGCGCUGCGGGGCCGUUUGCGAUUGGCCCACAACCAACACAGGCCGGCAAUCUGGUGAUACCGGCCGGGGCAGGCCACACUCUGGACUCUGGGCACACGGGGUCCGGCUUUGCUCUACCGGUGCGGCCAAGUCCUUCGAAUGGCGCAGCUGUCUCGCCACAUCCGAUACUGCCUGCUGGCGCCAACGCGGUGCAAGCCAACGGGAACACCCCGUAUGCUUUUGGACCGAUCCAUAAUGGCUAUGUCAACGGUGGUGGUGGGUCCAGUUCCGAGGGCACGGAUACACGGUCAGACACACGCCCCGUGUCCAUGGUGUCCACGCGGUCAGAUCAGAGUGUGCGUCAAAUCUAUGUUGCCCCAGUGGGGCCACCACGGGCUCGGGGCAGCGGGAGCAUCGGUGGUGGUGGGGUGUAUGGGGACGAACCUCCUUCACCCGCCGCCAUGUCGCACACGGAUAGCGUGCGCAGCCUGGUGAUCUAUGAUGAGCCGACCAUGGCCAUGGACAGCUCCAUCUUCAACUACAAUUUUGGCAGUCCCAUGAGUCUACGGGACCAGCUCAAAUCCCUGCCCCGCGACCACAACGAGGCGCUGACGCCUUCUCCGACGGAGGAUGCUCCAGGCUCCCCCUUGUUUGUGAUGGGUGGGGCUCCGGAAGAGCCUCUCUCGCCAUCGGGCGUGCACUUUGACGUGGCUGACGUAGAUGAGUCCCACAGCAUGGUGUAG